GGAGGGGAUAUGGAAGUGGAUGGGGGGGUGAGGCGUACGGGAGUGGAUGGAGCUGGGGCACUAGAUGAGUCUGCUCAAAGUAGGCCGGGUACGGGGCAAAGCCGGGGAGGGGGAGCAGCAGCAGCAGCAGGAGCAGGUGUCAGGCAGAGCACUGAAAACAACAUCUUUAAUCUCCAGUCGAGUGCAGUGAACGAUCUUCUAGGGGGGAUUAACAUAGCUGGCUUUGGCCUGAAUCUGGACACGUUGGAAUUUGACACGUCAGAGUCUGGCCAAUCCAGCUCAGUCUGCAUGAGCCCCGCUACAGCCGCCGAAGUCACGGGCAGCCGAACGAAAAUCUCGUCUGCCAUGAGCCCUGCGGGGGCAGCGGGGGGGGCAGCGGCUGCGGGCAGCAGCCAGAAUCCUUUCGCGGGUAUGACUUCCCGGAGCCUCAACUCCCUCUCCCUGAAAAAAGGCUCCCUGGGAGCAUCAGGCUCCCGUGGCAUAGACGCAAAGGGAGGGCCCCUAGGGGGCUCCGUAGGGGGAUCUCUAGGAGGCGCCGGCUCAUUAGGUGCCCCCCGUGCGUCCAGCCUUAACGCUGCCCCGUCUGGCCGGUCCCAGCAGGACCCUGGGGCUGGCACUAGUAGCGACCUGCCAGCAAGAGGGGGCGCAGGAACAGGAGGAGGAGGGGGAGGGGGGAGUGAGAAGGAGAGGGCGCAGGGCCGGCCAGCAGGGUGGCAUGUGGGGCUGGAGCUGCUGCCGCUAGACACGCCCAUAGGCGACUUGCCCGCAGCCGAGGUGUUUGAAAACUCAGGCAAGCGCAGCCGUGUGGCGCUCUCCCAUAUCCGCACGUCCAGUGGGGGCUCGCUGCUGCCUGAGUCCGAGCAGAAGCAACUCCUCGAGUUCGCCCGCAGUAGUGGGAUUCUAGGGAAUAGCCCGGGUGGCGCGGCAGGGGGUAGUGGUACCCCUGGUGGUGGGGGGGGGCUAGGAGGGGCGCCGGGCGGGUCGAAUUGUUCGUCUGCCCGGACCUUGAGUCCUGCCCUGAGCACGGAGUCGGGGCGGUCGGGUGGGGGGAGAGCCCAGGUGGUUUCACGUCGUCAGGUGGAUCGCCAGGUGACGGGUUUGCCAACUCUGUUUUCGAAGGGGGGUCGGGGUCGGGGUCAGGGUCGAGUAAGCCGGGCAGGAGUCCGCAGCUUCCAGGAAGGUCAGGGGCACAGGGGCAAGCGGGAAGGGGGCGGAGUGGGGAGCGAGGAGGGGGGGCCGCGGGAGGGGGAGCAGGAGGAAGGGGGGGGUUAAGCAGCAGGGAUGGCAGCAGAGAGAGGAUGAGGAGUGAGAGUCCCCUGAGGGGGGAGAGUCCAAUGAGGGGUGAGAGUCCCUGCAGGAAGCGGGCGUGGGGGAGUGACGUGGGGGAAGGGGAGAGUGACAGGGACGAG